CCGCUGAGGGAAUUGUUAAUAGUGGGAUGAUCAACACAAUUUAGCCUCUCGCUAUUACUAUUACGCACACCAUGAAACGUGAGUAUCUACCAAUAGAGGCUCUUCCAGCCUGGUCGAAGCUCAAUGGCAUCAGCUUCAAUGGCGUUGCUUUCGAGCGGUUCCAGGCCGAGGAUGGAACGGAUAAGGGUUCAGGCGUUGUCGCUACGGAAGAAAAGUACAACGGAGAUCCGGAGAGUGAAGAGUCGAAACCUGAAUUCUUAAUCACAGUCCCGCCGGAUAUGGUUCUAUCAUUGGAUCUGGUGCAGAACUAUGCCAAAUCCGACAGGUAUCUGAGGGAAGUGCUGGAAGCUGUGGGUGAUUAUGGAAAGACAGCUCGAGGCGCAAUUCUGAUCUUUCUGCUGCUCCAUAUAACAUAUUCCAGCCCGGAUUUUGAGAAUGUGCCUUACAAGAUUGGCGUUUCUAAUCCAUGGUCGGAAUAUAUCAAGUUCCUACCUGCUUCGGUUCCAUUGCCUACCUUCUACACAGAAGAAGAGCACGAGCUGUUGUACGGCACAUCACUUAAAGCCGCAGUGGAUGCAAAGAUAUCCUCUCUCGAGAAAGAGUUCGACUUGCUACGCGAGUCUACCCAGAGCAUAGCUUGGUGCGAACGAGUAUGGUGGGGAGUGGAGACUGGCAAGUUGACGCUCGAUGACUGGAAGCAGGUCGACGCGAUGUACAGAUCUCGAGCUUUAGAUCUUCCAGGGACGGGACACGCCAUGGUGCCAUGUAUUGAUAUGGCCAAUCACUCUUCUGGGGAUGCUACUGUUGCACUUUACGAAACAGACUCGGAAGGCAAUGCCGUACUGCAAUUGCGAUGGGGAAAGAAGCUGCGGCCCAGAGACGAAGUGACGAUCACAUAUGGAGACGAAAAGGGCGCAUCUGAAAUGAUCUUCUCCUACGGGUUUCUGGAGAGUGAGGUAAACAAUGCAAGACAGCUGUUUCUCGGGUUGGAUAUCCCCGAUGAUGAUCCCCUGAAACCAGCAAAGAAAAUCUACUGCCAGGACGCCCCUGGUGUACGUCUUUUUCUUCCGCAGUCAUCAGAACAGACGGACUGGGAGAGCGGGUUUGUCUGGUGGGCAUGUGUAAACGAAGAGGACGGUCUCGAUUUCUCUGUGCUGCAGACGAAUGAGGGACAGCGAGAGCUCAAGGCUACGUGGAAAGGAAACGAGAUACCAUCAUCGAGUUCUUUACGCGAUAUUAUUUCAAACGAUCCGCUAUGGGAUGUUUUCCAGCUUCGUGCGGUGGUCUUCCUCCUUGAACGCCUUGAGGGACAAUUUGCGAUGCUCCAAGCAAGCUACGAAUUUGUCUCGAAUGCAGGGCACGACGAAAGCGGCACGAGCACGGGAGUGCGAAGCGAUAUAUACGGGACCAUUGUGAAGCUGCGAAAAUUAGAGUCUGAAUUAUUGGAGCGCGGAAUCCAUGAUCUGUCAAAAAGGAGAGAUGAUCUUCUCUCAUCUGAAACAGUGGUGGCCUAUUUCAGUCGACUUGCGGAGGGCCCAGAGGAGGAGGAGGACUUUUCGUGAUGACCUCCUGAGGACCUUUUACGGGUUCCCAUGAGAUAUCCAUAUUACAUAUGGCUUGCAUCUCUUAUCGAUAUAGUCUACAGCAGGAACAUAGGAUCUCCCUGCUUUCCCUGGGG